AUGGCGUCUCGGUAUGACCGGGCGAUCACUGUCUUCUCCCCAGACGGACACCUGUUUCAAGUGGAAUAUGCCCAGGAAGCAGUAAAGAAAGGCUCCACCGCGGUUGGAAUUCGAGGUACUAAUAUAGUUGUGCUCGGGGUCGAAAAAAAAUCCGUUGCCAAGCUUCAAGAUGAAAGAACUGUGAGGAAGAUCUGUGCCCUUGAUGACCAUGUCUGCAUGGCUUUUGCAGGACUGACUGCUGAUGCAAGAGUAGUAAUAAACAAAGCUCGUGUGGAAUGCCAAAGUCAUAAGCUUACAGUUGAGGACCCAGUCACCGUAGAAUAUAUAACUCGCUUCAUAGCAACCUUAAAGCAGAAAUACACUCAGAGCAAUGGACGAAGGCCUUUUGGUAUAUCUGCCUUGAUUGUAGGUUUUGAUGAUGAUGGUAUCCCAAGAUUAUAUCAGACUGAUCCCUCUGGUACUUACCAUGCUUGGAAGGCAAAUGCAAUAGGUCGAAGUGCCAAAACUGUCCGAGAAUUUCUGGAAAAGAAUUACACAGAAGAUGCCAUAGCAAAUGACAGUGAAGCUAUCAAAUUAGCAAUAAGAGCUUUGCUGGAAGUUGUCCAGUCUGGUGGAAAAAACAUUGAACUUGCUAUAAUAAGAAGAAACCAACCUUUGAAGAUGUUUAGUGCCAAAGAAAUUGAAUUACAAGUAAAUGAAAUAGAAAAGGAAAAAGAAGAAGCAGAGAAGAAAAAAUCAAAGAAGACCACCUAA